AUGCGCCUGUCCUUCCAUCUCACCUUGACGCUGCUUCUCCGCCUUGGCCUCGUCCUCGGCUCCGCGCAAGCUCCGUUUCUCCGCCAUGGACGCUCAGACGGCCGUAAUGUCUCAGUAGCCCUGUUUACUGAACUGGAAGAACUCGCCCGUAUCGUCGACAUCUCCUAUUGCGUUGGCUCUACUAGUUUUGGAAUCAACAAACCAUUUCGCUGCCUGUCACGAUGCGCCGACUUUCCGCAGUUUGAGCUGGUCGAGACUUGGAACACGGGACCGCUGCUAUCCGACUCUUGCGGCUACAUUGCUUUGGAUCAUAGCAAGGCCCGGAUCAUUGUAGCCUUCAGAGGAACUUACAGCAUCGCCAACACUAUCGUGGACUUGAGCACGGUUCCACAGAAGUAUGUCCCGUAUCCCGGCGAAGGCGACAAAGAAGGCGGCAACGGCGUCUCAAAGAAGAUCAUAGACGCCGUGAAAGGAGUCUCGCCGCGUGAUGUUGCGCCCGCCAGCGAGCCGAAAUGCCUCAAUUGCACUGUGCACUGGGGCUUCCAUCGCUCUUGGAUGAACACCCGCGACAAAAUCCUCGAGAGUGUGCAAGAGCAAGUCCUGCACCACCCGGACUACGAGCUUACUCUCAUAGGCCACAGUCUUGGAGGCGCAGUUGCUGCACUGGCAGGCCUGGACUUCAAAGCCAGAGGCUGGCAUCCGAGAAUCACCACGUUUGGGGAGCCUCGGAUUGGCAACCUGGCAUUUGUGAAGUAUCUUGACCAGCGAUUCGACCUGGCGAAGAAAGCUCCGGAGAACGACACACUUUCAGAGUAUCGAAGAGUCACGCACAUCGACGAUCCAGUUCCCCAGUUACCGCUCACAGAAUGGGGCUACGCUAUGCACGCAGGCGAGAUCUUCAUCUCCAAGCCUAGCUUUUCGCCGGAUCUUAAAGAUAUAGAGCAUUGCACGGGCGACUUCGACCCCAAAUGCAUUGCUGGCCAGGACACCACCGUACCUUCUGAUCCAGAGUCGUCAAAGCAGAAGCGAGAUCUGCUCGAGUCUGUUAAAGGCGAGAUCCACGAUGUUGUGCAUGAGCCAUGGGGUAUCCCAUCGAGGUACAAACUGUGGGAAUUGCUCUUUGCCCAUCGAGACUACUUCUGGAGACUUGGUCUUUGUGUGCCCGGUGGCGACCCUCUGGGAGGCGGGUCGAAUUACGAUCAGAUGAGAGAAGACUUGUAA